AGAUGGAGCCAGGCUUCAGAACUCUGCCCACUGUACCCCUGAGCCUCCUCGCGGAGGAGCAGACCUGGGAUUUCCACCUGGCCGUCUCCUACUUAUGUGGCCUCCUGGCUCCAGUUUCUUCAGUAUGCUGAGUUUGAUGCAAGAAAGUCAGGAUGGCCAGCCCGGAAGCGUGGAGAAAACAGAAUCCAGCCUCCCUUCUCCCUGGUCCUGCUACAGCUCCCACUCCCUCUCUUCAUGCCUCCCUCCUCCACGGCUCCCUUCCCCAGGCUUGGUGACCCGAGACGGCCUUAGAAGAAGGUCUACUUUCCUGGUGGUGGGGGGGGACACCAUGGUUAUGCCACGCGUGGGGCUCCGAAGCCCUGAGAACCGGGAGCCAGGCCACCUGGAGUCUCAGCCCCGCGCCCGAGCUAGCAGCCUCUCCUCUGGCCGGCAGGUGGCAGCACCCACCGGGUUGGGUCGAGCCUCCGCGGCGGGCGCUCGCGGAGCUGUUGCUAACUUUCUCCAAUUGGCGUUCCCACCUCCCUCCAGGCCGCGGGCCUCAGAUCCCCCGCCGGGCGACUGCGGUGGGAGCCCAGACCCCGGGGCAGCGGAGGCGCAGGCACACCGCUUGGCCCCGGGCGCUAAUUAAAGAGCUGUGUUGCUCGCCCGCGUCCUUUUCGCUGGAAUUGCGGGCCCCGCACACUCCUGGCUCCGCAGAAUGGAGGGUUGUGUCCCCAUCCCGCCCCCAGCGAGGGCUGUAUGCCUGGGACACCGGGCUCCCACGCUCAAGCUAUGCGCUGGGGCCCUAUGCUCCAUUCUCCUGCUUGGGGCUUUACCACCCCGGCGCAGAGCAAUGAAGACACCAGUGAGGGCAGCAGAUGCACCUGCGUCUUGGUGGGGAAGAAGGGGA